AUGGAAGAUGUAAAAAAUGGUAAAAGAAGCCCAGAAAACCCUUCUUCCAAAAACAACAAUAAAGAACAAGACCGUUUCCUCCCGAUAGCGAACGUCGGCCGCAUCAUGAAAAAAGUGGUCCCGGGGAACGGAAAAAUCUCAAAAGACGCAAAAGAAACGGUCCAAGAAUGUGUCUCGGAGUUCAUUAGUUUUGUGACGGGUGAAGCCUCGGAUAAAUGCCAACGAGAAAAGAGAAAAACAAUAAAUGGCGACGAUAUAAUUUGGGCGAUAACGACGUUAGGAUUUGAGGAAUACGUAGAGCCACUCAAACUGUAUCUGGUGAAGUAUCGGCAACUUGAAGGCGACAAAGUUAGCAACAAUGUACCUAAACAACAAUGCAUCGAAAGACAACAACAACAUAGUUUGCCAACUUAUAAGAAUGUUUAUUCGUCAGCCGCUGCAGCGAGUAUUAUGUCGCAACCGCCUUUUGCAACGAUUUUCGAGCAGACGUUUGCGUUGCCGUUUUCGUCAAAUUCGAUUCAAUCACAAUUACACCGUCAACAAGAAAGCAUUGAUUCGGUUGGCCAAUGGUAA